AUGAUUGGGCUCAAGAGUACUCUUAACUGCAUUGACAACUCGGGGGCCCUCCUUGUUGAAUGCGUCAACGUUUUGAAGCGAAAAGUCAACAACGGCUGGGGCACCGUGGGCGAUGAAAUUGUUUGCGUUGUCAAAAGAGCUCGCCCCAUAAAUGCCGCGACCCAGGCAUCAGUAACUGCGGUCAAAGUUCGCAGAGGGGAUGUACGGCGAGCUGUCAUCGUUAGGACACGAAAAGCGGUGCGUCGUCCGGACGGGAGACUCAUCAGGUUCGAUGACAACGCGGCUGUACUCCUCAACAACAAACGGGAAAUGUUGGGCACACGCAUCGGUGGGAUGGUCAAUGCUGACCUAAGGAUGAAGGGAUGGGGCAAAAUAGUUAGUCUGGCACCCAAGCCGAAGAAACGGCCUAGCAAGGCAGACUUGCAGCUAUUUGACCCACUUCACAAAUUGCCGUUGUGCUGA